AUGGGGAACAUUAAUAUGGAGAACAUUUGCAGAUUAUGCCUCGAUAUCUCUGACGACCAACGUUCUAUUUUCGAAGCAAUCGGCGAGUGUGAUCUCCGUGCCAUCAUCCGAGAGACAGUGCAACUGGAUAUCCACGAAGAAGAUGAUUUACCUAAAACGAUUUGCACAACGUGCGCUAACAAGCUCAUAAGCAUUCAGGAACAUGUGACACUCUUUCGUGCUUCCGACCGUAAACUGCGGUCAUCAUUAGUCUCCAGUAGUACUGCAGCUAAUAGCAUCGCUAAGGACGAGCUUGCUAUACCCGCAAAGGAAUUAGUGAUAUGUGUAAGCAACGAUUCAGACACUGCUAGGAAUUCCACCGAUCCUUUCGAUAAUAUUUUGGCUGGAGACCGAACAGAUGCCGAACUACAUUCGCUCGAUAAACGGCGUUCAUUUCCACACGCCAUUGACUCAGUACUGAUGCGGAGGCAGGUUGCCGGACAUGGUGUAACGAACUCGCCAUCAAAAAGAUCCAACAAGGAUGAAAAACAAUCGGAUAAUGAGUACGAUAAUUACGAUGAAUUAUCCUACGAAGAGAGCGUUUCCUGCGAGAAGGAUAUCACUUGCAACGACAUGCCGGAGGAUAAUGGUUUGGAAAUUAUCGAUGCCGAGAUUUCGCCCAUCGCACAAGUGUUGGAAACUGGACAUCAUCCCAAAACAAGGAAACGCAGAAAAACGACAAAUUCCUGUCGCGACGGGUCUACAAAACCAGAAGGCAGUCCGAGUCCGGCGCUGCGUGAUUAUAAAUGUUACAUCUGCAACAGUAAAUCCCUUGGUUCCCAGAAGGCUUUACUGGACCAUUUUGCUACACACGUGGACCGAGUUCCGUACACCUGCGAGCGAUGUGUCAUGAAGACGGUCAUCCUAACGCGUGUUCGAACGUUAAACACGCACCUGAAAAUGCACGAACAACCGAUCAAGUGCGAUUACUGUGAUCGACGAUAUAGUAAUGCGUCUGGAAAGUAUUAUCAUACGCAGUUCUACCAUCUCGGCGGUGGUGCGCCGUGUAUCACACAUUGCAAGGUGUGCGGAAAACAGUGCGGUUCCCAGGAUGCCUUAAAGAAGCAUCAGAAGUACCACACGACGGCUCUGAAGUGUCGGCACUGUGAAAAAGUGUUCAACCACCCAAACAAACUGCGUAACCACGAGCUCAGUCACGAUGAAAAUAGUGGCUUCGAAUGUAUGGUGUGUAAGAAGGUGCUACAAACGAUCGAAUCGUACGAUGUACACCUGAAGAAGCACACGCAGGAACGCAGUUACCAGUGCUCACUGUGUCCGAAAAAAUUCAACACUUCGUGUAAUCUAUUCUUGCACAUGAAAGUGCAUGCCAAGAACGACAACUACCGUCCGACGCGCUCCUGGCAGGAACACUACACGAUAGUCAGCCGUGAACCGAUGCACUAUAAGUGCAAGCACUGCGACCGGUAUGGUACGGAUAAAGUGAACAACAUGAUCUCUCAUUUGCAGGCGCAUUUCAAGGAGUAUGAAUGCGACCGUUGCAAGCGACUGUUUGCCACAGCCAAGCAACUUCGCGCCCACUACACCACGCAUACCGGAGAGAAACCGGAAAUGUGUCAACACUGUGGCAAGUGUUUUGCGAACAAAAACGGUUUGCGCACUCAUCUGCGAACUCACACCCGGGAAGCAGUAGCAGAAAGCAAAGAGGAAAGAUGCGUACAAAAACUUCCGAUUAGUUCGUCCACCACCGGAUAUCAGUCUUAA